AUGGGAGAAGAAGCACCAGCAGUAGAUUACACCACAGCAGUUGAAAAACAUGUAGAAAUUGCAGACCAAGUCAUAAAAGGAGGAAUAAACAUUGAAGAAGGACUUAAAGAAAUGUUAGAUGUUAUUCCAUUAGGAUGUAAAGAUACUCCAAUAUUAGAAAAAAAUGCAGAAGCAAUAUUAAGUGUAUUAGCAUCAGUUAAAGAAGUAAAAGAAAGUUACGUUUCAACACUCUCAAUAGAACAACAAAGUUGGUUAAUGAUGUAUGUUUAUAAAGGACUUGGAGCAUCAGAAAAUAAAGAAGCUACAUUUGUUCCACCAGCACAAAUCAUGUUCAAAUGGUUUAAUACUAUUUAUAAAGUUGGAGGAGAUGGAUGUGUUAUGAGGGCUGUUUCAAGAAGAAAAGCACUUUAA